AUGAAGAAAGCUCCAGAUACGAAACAAGAGCCCGCCAAGACUACCAAGUCCAGGGGUUCAGUGCCCACGAAAGCUCCCGUCAAAGCUCCCGUCAAAGCUCCCUCUAAUCCGAGGAAGCGCAAGAACGAUGAGAAUGAAAAAACACCUCCGCCACCUGUGAAAAAGGUUCGGGUUGUAAAGCAACCUGCUACAAAGCCAAAGUCAAAAGUUGCGAUCAAUCAACGCCCCAGUCAACAUCUAGACGUUUACGUCUUUGGCGAGGGCUCGUCGUCUGAGCUGGGACUGGGAACUGCCAAAACUGCUAUAGAUGUCAAACGGCCUCGCCUCAACCCUUUACUUUCGGCCAAUCAAGUUGGUAUUGUCCAUGUAGCUUGCGGAGGGAUGCAUGUGGCAGCCCUGACUCAUGACAACAAGAUUUUGACAUGGGGGGUCAACGACCAGGGAGCGCUGGGACGUGAUACUACGUGGGAGGGUGGUUUGAAGGACAUGGAUGACAAUGAUAGCGACGAUAGUGACAAGAGUGACAGCGGGUUGAACCCAGCUGAGAGUAGCCCGACCGCCGUUCCAGCCUCGAGCUUUCCAGGAGACACGCAAUUUGUCAAGCUGGCUGCUGGUGACAGCCACACACUUGCUCUCACCGAUGAUGGUCAUGUCUAUGGAUGGGGAACCUUCAGGAAAAAUGACGGCGUCCUCGGUUUCCUCCCUAACACGGAUGUUGAAAUUCAACACACACCGAUUCUCUACCCCGACCUCAAGAACAUUGUCGACAUCAGCAGCGGUGCCAACCAUGCAAUGGCUAUUGACAGCAAAGGUGCGGUCUUUAUUUGGGGUUCUGGCGAGCAAAAUCAGCUUGGAUACCAUAUCAUCGAGCGUACUGGUACUAAAGGUGUCAAAACUACCCUCAAGCCUCAGCCUCUUCGCACGAGAAUCAAAAAAUACAAGGCUAUCUACACCGGCUCAGACCACUCGUUUGCCAUUGAUAAGGACGAUCAUGUCUGGUCUUGGGGCGUAAACAGCUUUGGUGGCACUGGUAUUCGCAAGGGCGCUGGUGAUGACAAUGCAGUGGUCUAUAAUCCAACCAUGGUGGAGACUCUGGACCUAGACGAUGACACCAUAACCCAUAUGGAGGGCGGCCAACACCAUUCAAUCGCAAUCACACAGAAAGGCAAGGCACUGAUUUGGGGUCGCAUUGACGGAUAUCAGACCGGUCUCGACAUGGCAACUGUCCCACUCACGUCCACCAUUCAGGACAGCAACGGCAGGCCACGGAUCGUAAUCGUGCCUACAGCUAUUCCUAAUGUCGGCAAGGCCACCUAUGCCUCAGCUGGCACGGAUCAUACGAUUCUCCUGAAUGACUUGGGCCAUGCAUACGCUUGGGGUCUAAGUGCUACAUAUCAGACUGGGCUUGGUACUACGGACGAUGUCCAGCAUCCUACACGCAUCGACAAUACUGCAAUCCGGGGGAAGAUGCUGAACUUUUCAGACUGUGGGGGGCAGUAUUCGAUUUUAACUUCAGCUGCUGCGUGA